ACACUUAAUGUGAAGGCUGCUUUAUUAAUGGAUGCAAACAUCCAACUGAUGGAAGCAAAAAAUAAAUAUGAUGCUGAGUUGGCUAUUGCAAAGAACUUAUAUCCAGAUGACGAGAGGAUUGCUGAUAUGGAGGCAAAGGUGAACACUGCAAUGGAGACGAACAAAAAUUGGAUGGAAAGCGCAAGUAAUCUUGAAGAUUUGGUCGAUGAUGAACAUGUCUCACUAGGGGAAGUUAGAGAUGAGCCAAUAGAGCAAGUUGAUUUACCUCCCGAUGCUGAUGAUCAUCUUGACAUCAUUGCUUGGUUGAAAUCCCCAGAAGGAAUAAAAGAGUUUGAAAAAGACUUUGACGACUUCGAUUACCCGUCGUUCUCAUUGGGCAUAAGUCAGAUUUGCCAACAAGUGCAAGAGGAGCAUGGAGAGCUUGAAACAAGAAAAGAGCAAAUGGAACCUGAAAAGAAAACAAAGAGGGACAUCAAAGUGGGACCAGCUUACCGGUCGCCAUAUGUGCAGCGAAACACAAAUAUCAUCUCCCAUUACUCAAGACAAGAAAUUGCUGUCUACAGGUGGAUGAUUCAAGAAGGCAAAGAUGAGCUGGAAAAUAUUUUUGUGUGUAAAGAACAAAAAUUCCUCCGAAAAGUGAUUAGAACACUCAGGCCUGGGAAAAAAUUGUCAUAUUCAGUUAUAGAUAUAUGGUCAAUUUUGAUGAACGAUAGGGAAAACUAUAAGUCCCCAGAUUCCCCAAUGCGCCUCUAUUUCGACAUUGGUUUUUCGAUAGGACCAUUGGAUGAGAAGAAUAGUGAAGAGGCUCAAUAUCAGAUGUUUAAAAGUGAAAUGGAGCACUUCUUUAAUAGAUAUCCAAAUAUCAGAUUUGAAGGAAGUGAUUUGCUGUUCUUCCCAGUCUAUGCAAAUAGACAUUUUUACUUGGUCUGCUUCAACUUAAUGAAGCAAGCAUUCGAAGUUAUAGACAACAUCCGCCAGGGGAAAAAUGCAGGAAAAUAUUAUGGGCCAAGAAUUAGACUUUUGCGUCGACACUUUGAGAAAUACUUGUUGGAGAACAACUUAAGUUUGUUGGCUAAUUUGGUGAAAAAUUUAAAACCAUCUUACUUGGUAAUGCCUUGGCAAACAAUUCAAAAUGACACGGAUUGUGGAUUGUUUUUGAUGAGACACAUGGAGACCUACAUGGGGGAUGCGAAGACCUGGACAAGUGAUUUGAAACCCGAAAAUUAUGGACAAACAAGACAGUUGGAUAAGAUUCGUGCAAAGUAUUGUCAUGCUAUUUUGGCUUCUCCGUUGAAUGAGAUAAGACAAAAAAUCCUAGAUGAAGCAAAACUUUUAUACAACAAGAUGGCAUCUGAGAGAGUUAUGAGUAUAGUGAUUGAAGCAAGUAAACGCAAGGGUGCACGUGUCCAUGGGAAAAAGAUGAUCAAAGGAAGGGUUUUAUUCGAUGAAGAUUGAAAAAAUUAUGUAGGCAAUAGAAUCAAGAAUAUAACAGGAGUUUUUUGGCAAAUGCCGAAACAGUUAUGCGCUUUAGUUCUUAUUCUUUUUUCAAAUGUAUGUAAAAGAAACGCGGUAUUGGCUUGGAUCAUAUCUAAAGCAGCUGAAAACUGUUACUCCUUAUUAACUAAUCUAGUGAUACAU